CAGUAUGAAGAAGUGGCGAGAGUAGCAGUCGGUAUGGCGGGAAUGCCCAUUCUGGGUAACAGUGUCGGCGCCGGGGAGUUUCGCGACGGCCGAGAAGCAAGCAACAGGUCGUCGAGCAGCGGUUCCCGGCGCGGCUCCUCACCCCACAGGCCACAGGAUCACAAUGGGGGAGGAGUGGACAAGGCAGAUAUCUCUGUACCGGCCAACAGAGCGAGGCUGAACUAUGACAGCGAUGUAUAUCAUGAUAGUAAAGUACCUAUUAUGGCAUCUCUCAGCGGAGGCGGGGUGGUGACCCAUACAGCACCUUCUUACGAAGAGCAGCGCGCCAGUCCAGCGCUUCUCAGUCGGGGCACGAGCGGCAACAGUGGAACUCCUGGCGCCCGCAGUGUACGAGACGACGGCUACUGCUCUGCUAGUAGUACGCCCAGAGCAUUUGAUCACAAGUCAACAAAAGGAUCCGUAGUGACAUUAUCAUGUUACAAAAAGGAGCCGAAAAUCCAAAUCGAGGAGGAAUGUUUCUAUAACGAAAACUCUAAAAGAAUCCGUGCUAAUAGCAUCAAAGCAGAACCAAACGAUGGUCGAGAGACGUGGGGGACAGGUGCAGAUUUCUUGCUUUCCAUCAUCGGCUUCGCAGUCGAUUUGGCCAACGUGUGGCGGUUUCCUUACCUCUGUUACAGAAACGGAGGGGGUGCCUUCCUCAUUCCAUACACUUUGAUGUUGAUCUUCGGGGCAGUACCUCUCUUUUACAUGGAACUGAUACUUGGGCAGUACAAUCGUCAAGGGCCGAUAACAUUGUGGAAAAUUUGCCCAUUGUUUAAAGGUGUUGGAUUCUGUGCUGUGAUGGUAGCGUUUUACGUCUCAUUUUACUACAACGUUAUAAUCGGUUGGGCAUUCUAUUUCCUGAUGUCAUCAGCGCGCUCUGAGCUUCCGUGGGUACAUUGUGAUAAUGCAUGGAACACAGAACAGUGUUGGGACGCCUCCCGGCUGAAUGGCACUAACAAAACCGAUGACAUUAAGUACCAGGGCCCUCUCUCGCAUUUCACGCCCGCUUCGGAGUUCUUUCAUCGUGCUGUCCUCGAGAUGCAACAUUCAGAGGGCUUGAACGACUUAGGCUUUCCAAAAUGGCAACUGGCAAUCUGUCUGGGUUUGGUGUAUGUUACACUCUAUUUAUCUCUUUUUAAAGGCGUUAAAAGUUCAGGUAAAGUGGUGUGGAUGACUGCUACCAUGCCUUACGUGGUACUUUCCAUAUUGCUUGCGCGGGGACUUCUAUUGCCGGGCGCUACACGAGGCAUCGCCUACUACUUGCAGCCUGAGCUGACUAGAUUAAAGGAUACUCAGGUGUGGGUAGAUGCCGCCGUUCAGAUCUUCUACUCAGUCGGCGCCGGUUUUGGAGUUCAUCUGUCAUAUGCGAGCUACAAUACUUUUCACAAUAACUGUUACAGAGAUUGCUUGGUGACUACCCUUGUGAAUUGUUUCACGUCAUUUUUCUCCGGAUUCGUGAUCUUCACGUAUUUGGGGUUUAUGUCCCAUAAACAGGGUGUGCCGAUAUCGUCUGUGGCUACAGAAGGACCGGGACUAGUAUUCCAAGUGUACCCCGAAGCGGUUGCAACUCUACCAGGAGCUAGUUUAUGGGCUAUGCUAUUCUUUUUUAUGCUGAUCAUGCUCGGUUUGGAUUCUGGGAUGGGAGGUCUGGAGUGUGUGAUCACAGGUCUACUGGACCAAGCUCGGGCUAGUGGAGCGCACUGGCUACGUCGAGAGCACUUCACUCUGUUUGUUGUCUGCGUAUCGUUCUGCGUAGCUUGCAUCAACGUAACACCGGGUGGCAUCUAUAUGUUCCACUUACUGGACACGUAUGCAGCUGGUAUAUCCCUGCUUUGCUCAGCACUCUUUGAGGCGGUCGCUGUGUCAUGGUUUUAUGGAUUGAAAAGGUUUUCUGAUGACGUGGAAGAAAUGCUUGGAUUUAGACCCGGGAUUUACUGGAGAAUAUGUUGGAAAUUUGUCAGCCCUACUUUUAUAAUUGGCGUAGUGGUCUUCGGCUUGCUGUAUCAACAACCGCUCCAGUACCAACACUACACAUACCCGCCGUGGGCUGUAGUGCUCGGCUGGGGACUGGCGUGCUCCUCUAUACUGAUGAUACCCAUCGUCGCUGUGUACAAGAUCGUAACCACACCAGGAACCUGCCGGCAGCGCAUAGCCUGCUGUAUAUCUCCAGAAUCAGAGCAUGAAGCAAUCCGCGGAGGAGCUCCAGUCACUCGCUUUACUUGGCGGCAUUGGCUCUACGUUUAA